UGGACUAAAGUCUGCUCCGCUCUGGGGAGGCUGUCUGCUGCUGUGUUUGAGUGCUGGACAGAGUACCAAGAGAAAAAGCUUGGAUAUUGUCUCAAGGAUAUUCUGUAUACGGGAAAUUGAACCCGUUUUCGUUGAGCCACAUCAAGAACACAGACGUAACAUUUGAGGGAUACAUUGUUAGCCCACCAGGUAGCUGUGGUUAGCCAUGGAGGAUGGUAAGCCAGUGUGGGCGCCCCACCCCACCGAUGGGUUCCAGCUGGGCAUGAUUGUGGAUAUCGGAGCUGACACCCUCGCCAUCGAACCACUCAACCAGAAGGGCAAGACCUUUCUGGCUCCUAUGAACCAAGUGUUCCCUGCUGAGGAAGACGUCAACAAACAUAUGGAGGACAACUGUUCUCUUAUGUACCUGAAUGAAGGCACACUCUUAAACAACGUCCGAGUGCGGUAUAGUAAAGACAAGAUCUAUACAUACGUGGCCAACAUCUUGAUUGCGGUGAACCCUUACUAUGACAUCCCCAAACUGUACGUUCCAGAGACCAUCAAGUCUUAUCGUGGCCGGUCCCUGGGCACUCUACCACCUCACGUCUACGCAAUCGCGGACAAGGCCUACCGGGACAUGAGAGUCCUGAAGAUGAGCCAGUCUAUCAUAGUGUCUGGAGAAUCUGGGGCCGGGAAGACGGAAAACACCAAGUUUGUCCUCAGAUAUUUAACAACGUCAUACGGCACCGGGCAAGAUAUUGAUGAGAGAAUUGUUGAAGCAAACCCCCUGCUUGAGGCCUUUGGAAACGCCAAGACAGUCCGGAAUAACAACAGCAGUCGUUUUGGAAAAUUUGUGGAAAUCCACUUCAAUGAAAAGAAUAAUGUGGUAGGUGGCUUCGUGUCCCACUACCUGCUGGAAAAGUCAAGGAUCUGCAUGCAGAGUAAAGAGGAGAGGAACUACCACAUCUUCUACAGGCUGUGUGCCGGAGCCUCUGAAGACAUCAGACAGAAGCUGCACCUUGACUCCCCUGACAGCUUCAGGUAUUUGAAUCAAGGAUGCACAAGAUACUUUGCCAGCAAGGACACAGACAAACAGAUCAUGCAGAAUCGCAAGAGUCCUGAGCAUGUGAAGCUGGGCGCCCUGAAGGACCUUCUGCUGGACGACCAGGGAGACUUCAACAGGAUGUGCGGGGCCAUGAAGAAGAUUGGCCUGGACGACACGGAGAAGCUGGACCUGUUCAGGGUGGUGGCCGGGGUGCUGCACCUGGGCAACGUCGACUUUGAGGAGACUGGGAGCACAUCGGGCGGCUGCAUCCUGAUGAACCAGUCCAGUCCGACACUAGCCUACUGUGCUGACCUCCUGGGGUUGGACCAGGAAGACCUGAGAGUCAGCCUCACCACCAGGGUCAUGCUCACAACAGCAGGGGGCGCCAAAGGAACAGUUAUCAAGGUGCCUCUGAAGGUGGAACAGGCAAACAAUGCCCGGGACGCCCUGGCCAAGGCCGUGUACAGCUGCCUCUUCGAUCACGUGGUCAGGAGGGUCAACCAGUGCUUCCCCUUCAACACCUCCUCCAACUUCAUUGGGGUGCUGGAUAUUGCUGGCUUUGAGUAUUUUGAGCACAACAGCUUUGAGCAGUUCUGCAUCAACUACUGCAACGAGAAGCUGCAGCAGUUCUUCAACGAGCGCAUACUAAAAGAGGAGCAAGAGCUGUAUCAGAAGGAGGGACUGGGAGUCAGUGAAGUUCAUUAUGUCGACAACCAGGACUGUAUAGACCUGGUGGAAGCCAAGCUGGUGGGCAUCCUGGACAUUCUGGAUGAAGAGAACCGCCUACCGCUGCCCAGCGACCAGCACUUUGCAGAGGCCAUCCACAGCAAGCACAAAGACCACUUCAGACUGACGGUUCCUAGGAAGUCCAAGCUGGCUGUCCACAGGAACGUCAGAGAUGAUGAAGGAUUCAUCGUCAGACACUUUGCCGGAGCCGUGUGCUACGAGACGACCCAGUUUGUAGAGAAGAAUAAUGAUGCUCUCCAUAUGUCCUUGGAGAGCCUGGUGUGUGAGUCCAAGGAUAAGUUUGUGAGGGAGCUUUUUGAGAACUCCAACAACAGCAAGGACUCCAAACAAAAGGCUGGCAAACUCAGCUUUAUCAGUGUGGGCAACAAAUUCAAGACCCAGUUGAACAUACUGCUAGAGAAGCUUCGCAGCACUGGUUCCAGCUUCAUUCGCUGUGUGAAACCCAACUUGAAGAUGGUGAGCCACCAGUUUGAAGGAGCCCAGAUUCUGUCUCAGCUGCAGUGUUCAGGCAUGGUGUCAGUGCUGGACUUGAUGCAGGGAGGCUUCCCCUCCCGAGCCCCCUUCCAUGAGCUCUACAACAUGUACAAACAGUACAUGCCUGACAAGCUCACACGACUGGACCCCAGGCUCUUCUGCAAGGCUUUGUUCAAAGCGCUGGGGCUGAAUGAGAAUGACUACAAGUUUGGUUUGACCAGAGUGUUCUUCCGCCCUGGGAAGUUUGCGGAGUUUGACCAGAUCAUGAAGUCGGACCCGGACCACCUGGCAGAGCUGGUGAAGAAGGUCAACCAGUGGCUGGUCGUCAGCCGUUGGAAGAAGGUCCAGUGGUGCUCCCUUUCUGUCAUCAAAUUGAAGGAGAAGAUGAAGUAUCGUGCCUCUGCCCUUGUUAAGAUUCAGAAGACCGUCCGCAUGUGGCUCUGUAAGAAGAAACAUAAGCCACGCGUCGACGGCAUGGUGAAGGUGCGUAACCUGAAGAUGCGUAUGGAACGCUUCAACGAGGUGGUGGGCGCUCUGAAGGAGGGCAAGCAGGAGAUGGCCCAGCAGGUCCAGGAGCUGGGGGCCUCCAUCGACACCUUCAUGGCCAAUAUCAAGGCCACAGUGAUGACCCGAAAGGAGAUUGACCAGGAGUACCAGGUGCUGGUGAAGAGCUCGGAGCAGCUGCUCUCCUCCAUGCAGAAGAAGAAGCAGGAGGAAGACGAGAUGGAAAGGCUGCGGCGCAUCGAAGAGGAGAUGGAAAGAGAGAGGAAGAGGAGGGAGGAGGACGACCAGCAACGGCAGCAGGAGGAGAACGACAGAAAGAAGAAAUCGGAGAUGGAGCAUAAGAGGAAGCAGGAGGAGGAGGAGAGGAAGAGGAGGGAGGAAGAAAAGAAGAUUAUGCAGGUGGAGAUGGACAUCCAGAUAGCGCUGGAGCGGGAGCAGGACGUCCAGCGAUCGGCCUUGUUGGAGCAGGAGAGGAGAGACAGAGAGCUGGCCAUGAGGAUCGCCCAGAGUGAAGCCGAUCUCAUCAACGACGAGGCCCAGAUGGACCCCAGUCUUCGCAGCAAUGGGUCUUUCUCAGGUCUCUAUCCAAACACAGUGAGAGUCAUGGGUUCACAGGUGCAGGCACUUAAAGCCGGUGGCGUGAAGAAGUACGACCUGAGCAAGUGGAAAUACGCCGAGCUGCGGGAUGUCAUCAACACCUCGUGCGAUAUUGAGCUGCUGGCGGCAUGCAGGGAGGAGUUCCAUCGCCGUCUCAAGGUCUACCACGCCUGGAAAUCCAAGAACAAGAAACGUGACACAGCUGCUGAGCAGAGGGCCCCCAAAUCUAUCACUGACUAUGCCCAACAGAACCCGGCCCGGGCCACGGCCACCCAGCAGCAGGAGAUGGCCAUGAACCGCCAGCAGCGAUACUUCCGCAUUCUCUUCAUCCGGCCCGCUGACCAGUACAAGGACCCCCAGAACAAGAAGAAGGGCUGGUGGUACGCCCACUUUGACGGGCCCUGGAUCGCCAGGCAGUUGGAACUGCACCCAGACAAGCAGCCCAUCCUGCUGGUGGCAGGGAAAGACGACAUGGAGAUGUGUGAGCUAAGCCUGGAAGAGACCGGGCUGACCCGGAAGAGAGGGGCUGAGAUCCUGCCUCGGCAGUUUGAGGAGAUCUGGGAACGCUGCGACGGGAUCACAUACCUGCGAAACGCCAUCGAAAGCAAGCAGGCCAGGCCCACGUAUGCCACAGCCAUGCUACAGAACCUCCUCCAGUGAACCAGAGGGACCACCAAUGUCCAUAGGCUCAGUAGGAAUGCAAUAAAUAAAGGGAAAAGGGCAGAAGCACCCUCUAUCAUAGCAGCCUUUCAGGCUAACGCAGGGUUUCCCAAACCAAGGGGUACAUGUUUCGGUUUUUGCCCUAGCACUACACAGCUGAUUCGAAUAAUCAACUAAUGAUCAAGCUUUGAUAAUUUUUGAGCUAAAAUGUUUUAGCCCUAAUGUUAGGGCUAAAACCAAAACGUGCACAGAUAGCCGAGCGUUUCCCAAACUCGGUCAACGGUUAAUUAUCUCACCGAGGGCAUUUCAAAGUUUUACUUAGAUCUUUGUUGUGUUUUUUAAAAGUAGAUUUCUGACAUUUUUGUUGGUUUUGUUUCUUUAUUUUGCUGUGUGAAAAUAAAGACCAAUAUACAUCCCGUCUUCAUGCAAUGGCCUACGCUUAAAUUCAAUUUUUACUACGAGGCCUUAAAACUAUUUGAUAUUAUUGAGACACGUUUCAAAGCUGCACUUCCUUGUUUCAUUGCUAAAUGAAAACGAAGCACUGUUGGAACUAUUAUAUUUGAUUGAAUAAAUGUUACAAGUAUUUGGCUUUAUGAGCUCUGGGAAUAACUGAUUGUGUCGACAUGUUAUCUUGUAUAAUUAGGAUUUAGGGUUUACCUUUUCAGCAUAAAGCAGGUCAUAAGUAGUGUUAUUGUCCAAAUAGAACAGAUUAUUUGUUGCUGCAGUGAUGCUGGGACAUGUUGCAUUUAGUUACUACACUUUCUUUGUAUUUGUUAUACUGUAUCUACAAUAACAUCUUAAUUUUAGCUAAUACUGAAUUAUGCAUGUCAUUGUUAACCCACAACUCUCAUGGAUUAAGUGGAGCACAAACCACUUUGGGGUGCUGUGAAAAUAUACACUUUCCGAAUAUCUUUUAUUUAUUUUUUUUGGUCAUAGUUGGAUAAACAGGGAAAAAGUAUCUGCACACAUCCAGUCAGAUGCAAAUGUAAUUUAAUUAUAGCUGAACUUUCCGGCAGUCAACCUUCAUCAGAAUAUAUCUCCACAAACAAUAGUGGGACAGAGAAGGCCACACAGCGGUAGAUUCUACCUAUUAUCUAUGAAUAUGUCAUGGUGAAAGAAAAAGAGGAUGGAAAAAGAGGAGGCUCAGUGUAGUCAAAAACAUGGUUUUCCUGUGUUUUAUACAUAUUUCCAAGCUACAAUAUGAGGUUGGAUUAAUACUGUGAAAAUUCUGAUAAUGUGUUAGAGAUGUUUGAAAAGACCACCUGAAAUUUCAGCCUGUUUUGGUGGGAUGUAGAUUUGGCCUUCCAUGGUGAAUUAGUUAAUAGACCAGUAAGAAAAAGAGUUCCAAACCUCUCUGCCAAUAACAGCAAAUUGUCUGUUUUCCCCUCCCUACUUAGACCACUCCCAGAUAGUCCUAGCUAAAUUCUUGCUUAAUAAUUGGUCUUUGCUAAGAAGCUAAUUUUUGUUCCUUUUUGACAAUUUUAAUUGAAAACAAUUACAGUAAGGUACUAAUUGUUAAUCAGAAAUUAUUUUAAUAUUGAGACAAAAACAGCUGCAGUGGACCUUUAAAAGAAGUUUAUACAUUUUUUCAAUCAUAGGAUUUGUAGGCAUUUGUAAAUGUAUUUUCAUAGAGGGAACUCCCAAGCGCUUUCUGUUCAUCACUAAUAUAAAAUUAAAAAAAUGCAAUUGUCAAACUAUUUUAAUAGAUGGGUUGGUUUAGCAACAAAACUGAUGCGUGCACAACCAAUGGGGCGAAACAGACAGUGUAGGCUUAAAUUGUUGACAACAUUUAAGCUAUAUUUCAUCUCCAAUGUUUAUUGAAAACAUAAAUGUGCACAAUGACCACUUGUCUCUCAAAUACAUUGUUAGUUGUUGUUUAGCUAGCUAGCGAAUUCUAGCCAUAUUAUUAUUGACAUGAAAUCAGUCAAAACACCUCAAAAGAAGACAUGGUACCAAGAACAAGAUGAAACGAGCCACUUACAAUUUCCCACAUGGCAGUUUGUCAUUCUUGCUAGCAAUCUGGCCGUCCAGAAUCACAACAAACACCACUGACGACUGCCCCAUGGAAACGCGCGUACAUAUUUUUCGUGAUGAUGUCAGCUAGCUGCUAACCCAUCUAUAACCAUGUUGAAGGUUUGUAAAUGUGAUUGUGUUAUUUUGUCCUUCAGGUUUGAUAUCUAGAUUACCUGACUCCAUUUGCUGAUAUUUGACUUUCUUAUGAGUCCGUCAUCUCAUUGUGGACCAGCAGUUAUCAUUUAUUAACAAUGUAAUAAUGAGAGUGAUAUCCUUGUUUAUUUUUUUCUGUAUAGUGAAAUAAUAAUGUUGACACUACACGUUCCUCAGUGUAAUCUUUGUAGCUAUUUUUCCAUUUCAGAUUUAACUUCUAUUGUAUGCUGAUUGUUGCACUGCAAUAUAGGAAAUAAAUGUAGUCUACCUUUUA